UACGCGUGCUUACGUAAUACAGAUGAUUUGAACAUCUAGUCCUGGGACAGAGCUAAAAAUGAGCGCGUGUUAUUACUGUUAAAACAUCGCUGUUGCAGGUGUAACAGUCCUAACACGUUGACCGUUAACGUUAGUUCUGAUUGAACCGUCCUCGUUGUCGCCACGGUAACGGUUAGCUUAGCGUGUCUUAUUACGGUAUGUGGGUUUUCGGUUACGGGUCCCUUAUAUGGAAAGUGGAUUUUCCUUAUGAGGAAACAAGAGUAGGCUACAUAAAAGGCUUCAGCCGUCGGUUUUGGCAGGGCAGUACCGACCACCGAGGAGUACCGGGUAAGCCUGGCCGGGUGGUGACACUGGUGGAGGAUCCUGAGGGAUGCGUUUGGGGUGUUGCCUACAAGCUGCCGACAGGCCGAGAGAAGGAAGUGAAGAGUUACCUGGACUACAGAGAAAAAGGUGGUUAUGAGGUCAUCACUGUGACCUUUCACCCCCGUCCACCACUCUCUCCCCCGCCCAGCGAGAUGCUGCUCUACAUCGGCUCUCAGGACAAUCCAGACUACCUCGGCCCCGCCUCACUGGAGGAGAUAGCCAACCAGAUCAUCAACUCUACCGGUCCAAGCGGGAAAAACACUGAGUACCUGUUUCAGCUGGCUGACGCUGUGAGAACAAUUUUGCCUGAGGACUCAGACACACACCUGUUUUCUCUAGAAACUUUAGUGAGAGAGAGACUACACAAUGGGCAGAAACACUUACAAACAAGUUGAUUGUGUUUAGAUAAUAAAUAAGACUUAAAUAAUGUAUACCAGGCUGGAUUUGUUAAAUAAUAUCAGGUUUAAGAUAUACAUGGGGCCAAUAAGGAUAGUUGUAAGGUACAGAAAAUAUGUUGACAAAGUCCAAUUUUAGUGUGACACUACAAUACUGUAAAUGUCACCAUUUUGUCUCAUGCAAAACAACACUUGAAAGCUGCCUAAAAAUAAGGGUGAUCACAAAAUACGCUUUGGAUAAACUUUUCAAUUCACACCUUGUACAAUAUAAAACAGCGCAAGCGAUGAAUGUUUUGAAUUAAUAAAUAUAUUCUGAGUGAAUAAAUCUACAUUCACAUAUA